GGUUACAGUAUACGUCGAUUUCGUACAACAUUUUAAUUCGUCCCUUUCGAAUUUUUUUAACCAUUUAUUAUUGUCUCAACGCCUGUUGUUCACGUUUUUGGCACACGCAAAUUCAAUGUCUUCGACCAUACUUGGUCAACGUAUUUAUUUUUCUUUGUUUUAAUUUGAUUUUACUAAUAUGUCCGAAUCAGCUCUCUCGGUGGAUACAAUAUCCACUGUCAUUUGAUAGUGACUGUAAGAUAUGGAUCAAAUAAAUCCACGACCAAGCUGUUGUAGCUCUUCUACGUUUCCUACACCCACGACAGUCAACUGUCAAGUACAAACGACUCAAAUGGCAUCUACAAUAAUUUCCCCACCAACCAAUAGCUAUGUGCUGACGUCAAGUAACCUGAGGCCUGUUACCAACUACACGCUUGUUGCAAGUUCACAGGUUCCUGUCACCCAUCAGUAUGUAGUCCAGUCAACUACUCGAACAACUAUACCUCAGUAUGUGAACACAAACAACGUUAAGCACGUUGUGUCGCCCAGCACUCAACAGUCAAAUGUUACUUACAUGUUGCCAUCUGGUGCUCAUAUUGUCAGGAUGAACAAUAUUGUAACCACCACAGUAGCCGGAGAACAAAAAUCUAAUACACAAUACAUUUUAACAUCGAGUACCCAAAAAACAAAUUCUAGUAUUAAAUCGCCAUUAGUAACACAAUCUUCAAUAACUAGUGUUUCAACUGACACAGAAAACAAUUCUGGGUCCAGUGUUACGAUGUCUAGAACAGUUGGUGUAAACACAUGUACAUCUCCAAUAUUUCAAAGGACUGGUUUAAAUUUUCCUAGAUUGAAUGCCACAUAUUACAGUCAAAUAAAAGGAAAUGACACAACAAAGAUUUCUUUUCGACCUAAGCUGAAUGAACAAAAACCCGGCACAAGUUAUAUACUAACAUCAAAUGAUUGGUCCCGUUCUAAAAACGUCCCCAUAUCAAGUUUACAAAAAGUUAAUACGAAUUAUAUGCAAAUACCAUUGAUGCAAAAGCCUGGGACUGCGUUAUCUACUAACACUUUAAAAUCUAAUGUUGAUGCUCAACAACAAAAAUCUCAGCAUCAAUCAAUUCGUUCAGUAAUUUUGCCAUCAAAUUACCGAACGGCUGUUUCUCCACAGCAAGGCACUGAUUGUAAAUUAGUUCUAAACUCAGUUAAUGUAACAACCCAAGGAAUUAAUUCAACUGAAAGUAAACCUAGCACAUCAAGUACUCCAGUUUCAAAUAUUCAACAACACAAUACAAAUUAUAUGCAAAUUCCAAUAUCUCAAAAACCUGGAACUAUACUUACUCGUAAUAACUCACAACCAAGUAUUGAUAAUAAUAUACGUAUUGGACAACAUCAAACUAUUCGAUCAGUUAUCUUACCAUCAAACUAUCGAGCAACUAUGGUUUCGUCCCCACGAAGAGGUGUUGAUUAUAGACUAAUAUUAAAACCUGUAAAUAUUCAAUCACAAGUAAUAAGAAAUUUGCCACCUCCUCGACUUCCAGGUCCACGAAAUAAUACAGCGCGAAAUACUUCUCCGCGACAAACUACACAACGGCAAACAUCACCUAGACAAAGUUCUCCCCGGCAAAGUUCACCACGUCAAAGUUUACCAAGACAAAAUUUGCCCAGACAAACACCACUUCCUGUACGCCCAAAUUCAUUCCCAACCCGUGUUCCUUUAACUCGUCCACCCGUAUCUAGAACUCAUAGUGAAAUAAUUGCCAAUUCAAAAAUUAAUCCAAUUCCACUAAGUGAAAGACUUAGUCAUCUAGUUAUUACAGAAAGAUCUAUAAAAAUUUGUAUGGAUGAAAUCAAUAGCAAAUCUCAUAAAGAUAAUCCAAGUCUUGACCUAACUGAUGAAGCAUUGGAAACUGUACAAGCCGAAGUUACUUAUAGGUUAUUUUAUUUGUUAAGGGAAUGUAAAAAAUUUCUAAUAAGAAGUCGUUCAAGUGUCUUAACGGAAGAAGCUGUAAGACAAGUAUGUGCUGAAUAUUUUGGUACAUUUUUUGGUAACAAACUGUGGCCAUUAUUUUGUUUAAAAUGGACUGAAGAUGGUUUAUAUUCUGAUGAUGAAGAAAAUAGAGUUUGGAUUAGAAAACAUAAUAAUGUUAAUCUUAUUGGAUGGCUAAAACAUCCAAAAUUUCGUAAUCCAAGUUACAUUCAAAAACGUCUUUGUUCGAAUUUGAUAAACAAAAAUCCGUUAUUACCUAAAUUACAAAAUAUUGCUGAAGAACUAUAUGAAGAUGAGUUACAAAAUCCACAACCAACAUCUCAGAAUUUUUACCCAUCUUCAAAUAGUGAUCAAGUAACAAUAAACAAAAUAAUCUCAAAAAAAAAUGACGAUGUAUUUAUCCCAUCAUUGCAUCGUUUUAUGAACAUUCCAAUAGAAAAUCAAAUGCUUUCUGCAAGUAAACGAAUAUCAUCAACAAUAUUUCAGUCACGACAAACAGAGUAAUCAAGAAUAAAAUUGUGUAUCAAAAGUUUUAAUUUUAAAACGUAUACAAAAUUACCUAUUGUAAUUUAGACUCUGAUUUAUGAUGUACCUAUAGGUUUAGGUUUAUGUCUCUUGACUCUUGAGUUAUUACUAGUGAGUUCUACAACUAUUAAAAAACAUAUUUUAUUUGAAUGUAUCAAUAAAAACCUAAUGAAUUAUUACCUAUAAACAGAUAUAACAAAUGUUUCAAGUUUUGUAAUCAUUUUAUUGUUUUAAAAUAUCUACAUAAUCAAAUAUAACACAAAUAUCCAAAAAUAUUUUCACACAAACUUACUUCAUUAAUGUAAAAAAUAAUAAUUAUGGUCUUUGAUGUUAGAAAUUGUUGAUCAUUGUAUUGUAAAGUUCAAAUCUCAAAAAAUUAAUCGCUUCUAUCUUUAAUUUCAAUCCCAGAUUUAAAAAACUUAUGAAUACAUUAUUUUAUGUAAACAUUAAAAACACUAUCAAUUAAAUUAACAAGAUGUAAUGAUAAUAGUUUUAUAAAAACUAUUUUUUUUAUAUACUCAAACAAACGCUUUUCUUUCAGGAUUUUCAUUUCAAAAACUUAAACAAGAUUUUUUAAAUAUCUUUUGAAAUCAGAGUGUAUGCAUUGCAAUUUCAUAAUAUUGUAUAUUCCACUGCAAUACUUAAAGGUAAAAUAACUUUUUCUGUGAUUUCUUUUGUGUGGAAAUAAUAUCUAAAAAGCAAUGGUGUGCAUAUCAGAUGUUAUUGAUUUAAGCUAAUAUAACUUAAACUGAUGUUUAAAGUAAGUUUUGGAAUUGGUGUUUUAUUUACUUAUUUUUAAAAUAUUAACUAGCUGAAGAUUAAUUCAAAUUAUGUUCUUUGCCUCUUUUUAUAUAAAUAAACAAUUUCACUUUUCAUUUUAUGUUGACAAUCAAUAUGAUAUUCUAUUAAAAAAUAUACUCAAUAUUAUUCAAAAAUUAAUCUCAACUUAUAACUUAUGAUUAAUUG